AUGUCAAAUGAUAAUAAUUUUCUGAUUGAAAGUGAUGAAGAGGAAGAAGUAGAUGAUAAUGAUUUAUUUUAAUAAUCAUCUCCUUAAGUUAGAACAUCUUUUACAAAUCCAUUAUAGUUUAAAAUAAAUUAACAUUUUAAGAGUGAAGUAAAUGAUGAUGAAGAACAUUAAGUAAUAUUAACAAGAUCAUAAAAUUAUUGUGGAGAUGCUAGUGCACAUAGUUGCAAUAGUGAAGAUUUAAAAGGAAUAACUCAUACAAAUAAUUCAUCAGAUGAUGAAUAAGAAGCAACUAGAGUCACAUAAACAUUUAAUAAUCCUUUACAUAAAAUUAAAGAAGAAGUUGAUGAGAGUUAUGAAAUAAAUAUAAAUAAUUCAGAUGAAGAAAUAAUUGUGAAUGAAUUUGCUAAAGCACAUGAUUUAGUAAUUAAAAAUUGUUCAAUCAAGAUGGUAAACAAAUAUAAUUAAAUAUAAUUAGAUAUACAUCUUUAUAAAUAUAUAAUUUAUUCAUACAAAGAGACUUGCAUUCCAGAUUCUGUAAACUAAAUUAGUGUUAGAGAAAUAGAAUAAACUUUUACAAAAAAAAUAAAUAGCAACUCAUCUAACUAAAUGGAUAAUCAAUCAUCGACAAAAAAAGAUAAAAGCUAAUUAUUUAAAAAAAUGGAAAUUAUAAAAUGCUAAAAAAAAACUUUAUGAUGAAGCAAAAAAGAGAAAUAUUGAUAAAACUAAAGAUAUUAAAUAAGCAUAGGGUAAUGGAUCUAAUGAUUAAACUACAAUCUAAAAUAAAUCUUAAACAUAAAUGAUAUAAUAAACUGGAAAUAGUAAUACUUAAAAAUAAAUUAAUACAAUGUAAUCAUAAACAUCUAAAAUAAAUCAAUAAUCAAAUGAACAAUCAUCAAUACCUUCAACUUAAUUAUAAAAUAAAACUUCAAAUCAAAUAAUACAACCACCACCGCCACCACCUCCUCCGCCACCACCACCUCCUUUACCUAAUUAACAACUUACAUCACCUCCACCACCACCACCACCACCACCACCACCUCCUCCUCCAUUACCAUUUGGUUCUAGACCACCUCCACCACCACCACCCCCUCCCUUAGGAAAUGCUCCUCCUCCUCCGCCUUUACCUGGUGUAAAUCCUCCACCUCCACCACCUCCUCCACCAGGUUCAAAAAUUCCAGGUCCUCCACCUCCUCCUGGUGCACCUAGACCACCUGGACCUCCUCCUCCACCAGGAUAAUCUACUGCAGGAUAAGUAAGACUUUUAAAAUAUAAGGGGACCUGGAAUUACUGUUAGAACUCCUAAAAAAGAUUUAGCUCCAAGAAGAGUUCAUGUUAAUGUCUUAUCUAAAUUCAAAUUUAAAACUACAUUCUGGUCAUAAUAAAUAGAUACUCAAGGAAUUAAAGUAUUUAUUAUUACUAAUAUCUAGAUUCCAUUAUUAGAUUUUGAUCUAUUAGAAUCCAAAUUUUGUGAAAAAAUUGAUCCUAAUGCUAAUAAAAAAGAUACUAAAGCAAUACCUAAACCUACUUUAAUCUAUAUUGAAGAAUAAAAAAAAGUAAAUAACACUGCUAUUGUUAUGAUGAAAUUUCCAGAUAAACCUCAUGUUAUUAUUCAAUGGCUCAAUAUACUUUCAGAUAAAUUAGAUAUAGAAUUGAUAGAAAAAUUAAUUUCUAUUGCCCCAUUAGAUGAAGAUGCUAAAUUAUUAAGAGAAUUUGAAGGAGAUUGGACCAAAGUAAAUGAUGCUGAGAAAUUCUUAGUUGAAUUCAUUCAAGUCUAUAGAUAUAAAUAAAGAUUAGAUACAUUAUUAUUUAAAAAAACUUUUGAUUUAGAAUUUAAUGAAACUUUCAAAAAGAUUGGUUAUUUAUAAGAACCUAUUCUUCUAGUUAAAAAUGAUCCUCGUUUAAAAAUAUUUUUACAACUAACACUUAAUAUAGCUAAUUUUCUGAAUCAUGGAACUCCUAAAGCAAAUGCUGUUGGAAUUGGAUUAGAUAGUUUAAAUGUUGUAGAUUCUAUUAAAACAGUUGAUAAGAAAAAUAAUUUAUUAACAUAUUUAACUAAAAUAGUCAAGCAGCAAGAAAUCAAAUUGAAAGUCUUUUUUGACGAUGUACUCUUAUUGGAAGAUGCUUAAAAAGUAGAAUUAGCAGAUAUAGAAAAUAAAAUGAAUGAAUAUUUAAAAGGGUAAUAGUUAUUAUUAAUAUUAAAAGAUUAAAAAAAAUUAAUGAUGAAAUAACUGCUCUCUAAAAAGCUAUUGAAAAUAAUCUAUUAACAGAACAGUAAAAGGUGGCAUCAUUUAAAUUUAUUGAAAUUUUUCAAGAAUUUUUAAAGGAAGCAGAUAGGAAAAUGUAAGCUUAUUAGAAAAAGUUUGAAUAAAUAAAAUUAGAUAUUAAGUAAGUAGGUUAAAUGUAUGGAGAAAAUGAUAAUUACAGUAUUAAAGAUUUUUUAUCCUAAUUAUUUACAUUUGCCAAUAAAUUUAGAGCAGCUUACAUGUAUAUAUUAUUAUUUCUAUUCUUAGAAAAAUGGAAGUAGACGAGGCAUUAGCAAGUAAACCAAAACCUUAAUAGUAAGAUUAAAAAAAUAAAUCUAAAUUAUUUUAAUCUACUCCUGAAACUUAAGGGAAUAAAAAUUAAUAAGAUUCUAAAUCUAAUUAUUUUAAAGCAACUACUCCUAGCAGUGGAAUGAGAAUGAGUACAUCUGCAAAAAUGAAUGCAAAAAAUGGUAUUUUUAUCAUUUCUAAAGUUAGUUAUGAGUGCUGUUGCUAAAUAAAGAGAGAGUAAAAUGCAUGAACAAAUUUCUAUAGUUCAAAAAUAGCAAUUAUAAUAAAUUAUACCAUAAGCUCCAUCAAAUGUUAUUUAAAAUGCUAGAACUGGUGUUAUUUCUUUUAAGUAAUGA